GCGAUGGUCGCUCAAACCGAACUUCUAGUGCUAUGUCUUCUAUCCGUUUUCAUCUACCGUGUGACAUGUCCCGUGACGCCUCCCAACUCGGCGCCCCAUUCGCCUACCAAGGGGGCUGCCGGGUCGCCCACCAGGUCAUCUUCCGGGUCGGGGUCGCCCAACAGGUCGCUCAAAAGGCCGCCUUCCAAGACACUCUCCAGGACCUCCUCGCGGGAUAGUUACACGAGUUGGAUCUAUCCGUCUAGAAUGUUUGUAAACCCCCAGAUUUGGAAGUCACCACCUUAUCCAGACACAAAGGGAGAUCCUCUCUGCAUCCCAAGUUAUGUAGCCGCCAAAUUCCCCUCGGCCAGUGGCUAUUGCAAGAAAGAGUGCGCAUCGCUCUCAAAGCAGGCGGAAAAAAUCUUCAAGACCUACGGAAAAGAUGAGGCUCUGGCCAAGACGAACAGUCGCCAAUGCUCCGAUUUCGUGGAUGGAGAGUGCACCAACUACCUCAACGAUAGGGUGUCUUUCUGCUGGUGCCUGGGCGUGGACUACGAGCAGCUCGCUAUUGUCUGUCGCGCCCUCAUGGAAGGGUCGCGGAACCUCGUCAACGCCAGGAUCGCCGCCCUCAACAUGUGGGAAAUCAACGUCCGGCCCACUCUGCCCAACAUGCCGGCUCUGCCCAACAUACCCGGUUGGGUACCCGGUUUACCCAGUCGACCUCGUCUGCCCAGUUGGCCUGGUUGGUCUAGUAUUCCCAAUAUUCCCGGAGCCGGUCUUGUGCGCGGCGGUGUGGAGUGGUUGAGAGGCUGGAACGCCAAACCUGAGCGACGCUCACCAAGCGGGAGAUUUUAUGAGCCUAAAAUUAUCGAAAUCAAAGAAGGGAAACCCGACUCCUCCUAGAGUAUGUACCUGUAAUCCUGUACAGCGAGAGUAUGGACAGAUCGCUUCAUGGAGGUCUUAGGGCCCGAAAGUGCAGCCAUCCCUCUCAUCAACUUCUAUCACACAAAAUUUCACCGCCAGUCUGCAGAUUCUAAUUCUAACCAAGAUGGCCGCAAGAAUGUACAGAAAUGAGCGUUCUUCCGCAAAAAUGAGUAUAUUUAUGCAAAAACUGAAUUUAAUAAGUCUCUUAAUUUAACUAAUUAAAGCUGAGUUGUUGCGCCAUUUGAACGCAGUCACUAAUAUACUAGAAUUCUAGAAGCAAUUUGAUUUUAAAUAUCGCUCACUCGCUCCCUUUCGGCUGAGCGCUCAAAAAUAAUCUACUGGAAGAAUUGUGGAUGUUUUUAUCGAAUUUUUUCAGAAAAUUUUGUCCGCGGUUUAGUCUGAAAUAUCGAAAAGUUAAAAUAAAAAAAAAAAAAAAAAAAAAAAAAAAAAAAAAAUGCAUGACUUUCCUUUAAAAAAUGAAAAUUUUGUCGGGGAUAUUCGGCGACACUAGAACGCUCAUACUGAAUUUUUUCCUCGAUGUAGCAGUAUUGACGCAUAAACCGAAAACGCACGACUUUCAGCUUCCGCUUAAAAAAAAUAGUGACAUGCUAUUGAAAUAGGUACAUCAAACAUCGAUGUAUCGAUAUUAGGCAUGAUGUUUCGGGGGAUGACGGUUGUUUAGAAUGUAUAAAUUUGUCAACAACUCGCUCAUCAGAGAUUUAUUAGAUGACUUUGAAGAGGCAACAUUUUUACAACACUGUAAUCGCGCUGGUUCCUUUUUGCUAAAUGCGAUCCAACUGAUCUUAUUUGAAAUAGCUUACGAUCUUUCCUCGCAUCGUGAAAAAUAUUCUUUAAAAUGUUUGAUCGACGAUACAGGUUGGACUCGAAAAAAUAAAAUAAUAGAUUCGUAAAUUUUUAAACUCCGCAAUAAAGAUACGUGCUCUUAAACUUUCAUCGACGGUAAGGAUGCGACGCAAAUGACACCAAGGCGUGGAUGCAUCUAAACUUGCUCAGUGACUGUGCGUGUUGCAUACUUUCAAAUAUGUAGGCUCCUUGGAACUCACGUCAGCAACGUCAGCUAUGCAUUAGCGUAGCACCAAGUUGCUGGCGAGAUGUGCUUGUAAACAGACAAUGAAGUGAUGAUGAGAGAUCCUCUCUCUCCUCAAAAUGAGUGAAAAAUUGAAUAUGCUUUUCUGAAAAAAAAAACUAGAUGAAGGUUUCCGAAAUUGGAGCUUGAUGUCUUGAAAUGUGCCCGUACCGGGCGAAAAUCAAUUUGCGCGCUGCGCAACAUCCUGUUUGGAAAUUACUUGGAAUUUCUUUUUGAUGCUUCUAUUUUUAUCCAAUUUAGAUUCUCAUGUUCUCAUUUUCACUUGUGUUAAUUCACGUAGUUAAACUUAAUUGGAAUUUUAUA